CGCUCUCUCCAUUUAAGAGGUGUGCAAGGCGUUGAUCAAAGUAUUUCAGUGCAGAUCAUAAUUAUCAUUUGUAGAGAAAAGCGGAGGGGCACAGUGAUACCCAUGUCUUCCAGUAGCAAUGAAGUGGCUCACAUUAUAGUGAGCGUUGUGGGUUUCAAUGCCCAUGGCGCUACUUACUCCUCCAGCAGCGAAGGAGUUGGCAAAUCUUGUCUCUGUAGUAGGUUCCGCUAUCCUGGCUUUGAUGACUACGUCCCUGACCAUCCAUCACUCUUGGCUUUUCACGAAUUUGAGAGCCAAGUAGUUUCAACGGACUCUUUUUUGUACUGGGGACCAGAGGAGGCCCUCUAUACUGCACGGGGGAGCAAGCAAGGCAAAGUCAAAGAGAUCAAAGUGAAGCACGAGGUUUUGGAACACACCGUUUUCUACCAGGACGAGACCUCUCGGCCAUUCCGUCAGCAUAGCAAGCUCCUAGAGACAGCAGCCUACGCAAAGAAGGCAGCACAGACUCCAGAGUCCUCUAGAAAGAUAAGCUACUACGCACGAGACGCCAUUGGAUUCCCCGACAGAUACACUUGUCUCCCUUACCCGUCUAAUCCCAACAAGCUCCAAAGAGGUUUCAUCAUUGCUGUUGACAUCUCACUGGAAGGCCCUCGUUUUGAGCAGCAGUUCACUGCAGUCGAAUCAAUUGCAUAUGAGCUUCGUAAGUCUCCUCUGAUCAUAGCUGCAACAAAGAGAGAUAUAGCAUGUCAGGCAUCUCUCACCCGUCUCUCAGAAUGGGCAGCAAAACAAAAGCUGGCGCUAAUCGAGACCUCAGCUAAAGAAAAUAUCAACGUCUCUGAUGCUUUUCGUCUUGUGGCUUCAAAGGUUCUGCCAAAAAGGAUCAACGACCAUUACAUGGAUUAUGCUGGAGCAACCGGCGAGCUUAUAACGAAACGGGCGGCUGCUAAAAAAGAGCUCAAGAAUUAUCUCAAGACAUUCGUGCACACUUCCUCGAUCACUCUAGCUAGCUUGGAGGCUACAAAAUAUUAUCAAGAUGGCCUAAAUAUGCUGGGAAAAUUCACGUCCGACGAAGUCGUUUGUUGCCACCUUUUGGUUGUACGGAAUCGAGAGAUUGAAGAUUUCUCUGGAGUCAAGGAUAACCCAGACAUGAGACUAGAGCUACUUGAAGAUUUCAUCGACUCACAGACAGACUUCAACGCUCAUAAGGGAAUGCUCAACACGAUGGCAAACCAUCUCGUGAACCCUGAGCAAGCUGUCUAUGCUAACGAAGGUGUCGGUAAUUCAAACUUCCACCAUCUACUCCCAUCACCUAUGAUAGACAGGAAAAAGGACCCUGCCCCUAGUCACAAUGAAACUGAAGUCCUCAAGAAUCAGCCGCAACAACAACAACAACAACAACAACCAACUUCACCAGGGAAGUAUGUUAGACUUGUAUCCCAAUCUAGUGAUGCUAGUGUCAUAGGUAGCACUACUACCAUUGACAGCACUGCUACUGCUACGGAGGAGGAUGGGGAUACUCCUCUAUCUACUACACAGGUUGGGCAGGCUCUUUCAAUAGAGGAAGUGUAUGACGAUUUUACUACUCCAGAAGGUGGACCCAGUGAAGAUACUAGCUUGCUAUCAAUGAAAGAGAGGGCAGCACUGCUAAAGAAGCAGUUCCAAGGUCACUCGGUAGCAGUCAAUGAGUCUGUACGACCGGUGACACCACCCAUUCAGUCUUCGAUACAGUCAAAGGAAACUUUCAGUUCCUCUUCUGCUGGAUCCAGUCCAGCCGCUAAUAAGAAACUGACAACAAAGCGACCACCUCCAGCAGUGCCAAGCAAACCAUCGAAUUAUCAAAAGCACAAGAUUAAAGGGACUGCCCCUCCACCUCCUCCCAAUGAGGCUACAUCUACCUCUCCUCCUGAUGCCGCUACAGGUCUACCAGAGCUAGCAUCAAGACCAGCUCUUCCAAACAAGACACAAACUAGCAGUCCACAACACUCACUCGAGUCUAAACCACAACAAUUUGUACCGAAUGAGCAACAUUUGACGACUGAGCAGUCAGAGAGGCAAACAGACUCAACUCUAGAAAAACAAGACUUACCUGGAGCAAAGCACAAGGAUAUACUCGAGCUGGAGCGGCAGGACUCUCCUCUAGAGGAUGUGGCUCAGUCACAGUUGGACAAGAGCAAGUCAGAACCAUCCCUUGAAGAUGCAUCAUUAGUUAAAGAUAAACUUCAGGAGCAGCUAGCUCAGCAGAUAACUCAGUCAAAGUCUCCACGAUUAGAUCAGAGAAAGAAAAACUAUGAAACCAAGGGAAUAUCCGAGAGAAAGAACUACGAAAAAACUAAGCCAACUCCUCCUCCUCCAACCACUAAACCAAAAAGAAACGAUUAUGAGCCUAAAUUACCAAAACUAAGACAGAAGCAUGGGAUAACCUCUGGAACUCCUACCACUGCGAGUGACAGUCCCUCAGUAACUAAUGUCACACAGUCACCAACUAAUGUCACACAAUCACUACCUGUGACCACUCCACCUAAUUCUGCUCUCUCUCACCCUCUACCUCCUCCUCCUCCUCCUCAGUUUGUAUCAGCUGUUAAUCAGCCCCUCCCUCCUCCCCCACCACAGGCUAACCCCCUCCCAUUCUCUCCCCCUACUAAGGACACAAUAUCAUCGCCUCCUAUUCAUUCAAUGUCUAUGAUGUCGCCACCUCUUGAUUCUAGUCCUACUGUGGUCUCUCAUUAUCCUUCUCUUAGUUCUCCUCCUUUACUGUCUCCUCCUGUACUGUCUCCUCCUCAAUCUAUGGUGAGUCCCUCCUCGUCAGUUCACUUCAGUCCUCAUUCCUCUGUGGUGAGUUCUCCAUCUCAUUCUGUGUCAUCAGUACAGGCAGUCACUACUCCUCACGGUCGCUCUCCCUCUCCCCCUCCCAUUCCUCCUCACACAGCUGCAAUGUUGAAGCCCCGAGAGCCAGAGAGUGUCAAACCCUCCAAGAGACACAACUACUUUAACAUUUUUAAGAAGCUAACAGGUGAUUCAAAUGACGGGAAGAAACCAGGAGAUACCCCAUCAACAGAUAAUAACACAAAUAGUGGCAGACGACGAAGGACUCAGGUUGAUAUGACCAGGCGUCCCCUCCCAAUGGAGCCACUAGUCAAACCGGUCCAUGGUGAAGAGGAUUAUGAGAAACCUGAUACUUUCUUUGAGAGACCACGAAUGCCACUACCAGGAGAGAGUCCCGGUCCUUAUCCACUCCCAGUGCCUCUACCAGGAGAGCAGUAUCCAGCAUCAGUAGAUCCUCGGAUGAAUAGUCCUUUUAUUGUUGAUCCGAGAUUUGCUGACCCGAGAGUCCCUGGAUUUGAUCCACUAUUGAUGACCACUCGUAAUCCGUAUCCUUACGUAAUUCCAAAUGCUAGUGUGCCAGCUAAUCUGUGGUCGACUCCUAACUGGUUUGCUAAUAGACCCUCGGAGCAGUUGCUACUGAGCGAGCACCUCCAGAGGCUCCAUGCCCAACAGAGUAACGUACCAAGGAGGAGCCAGUCGUUCCAGGUGACUGGUAGUAGACGAGUUAAUCAUUUAGACGAUGAUGUUGAUGAGGAUGGUUAUCAGAAUCCUGACGUUGUGGAGGACAUAAGAAGAGAGCGUGAUUUAACCUCUCAGUGGAGCGUUGGUCCCCAGCAGCUCCCUGGAAGGAGCAUUGACUAUGAUUAUCCUGAGCUGAGAGGUUUCAGGACAGUCCCUCGGAGAUCACCUCAGCGAUCACACCAAGAGAGACCACUCCCCAGUCGCAAGCCUCCCCGCCCCCUCCAGAAAGAAGAUAGUUACGUUAACAUGGACGAGUCUUCGUUGGCUGAUGAUUAUCAAAACUCUGACAUCAUCAACUCAAUGACAGACUUUGUACCGCAGGUGAGGUUACCCCCUCGCUCCAAGGGAGGCUCUAUGGACGACAGCUUCCUUUACUAUAACAUGAGACGAAGGAAUAUUCUGUCACCCCCACUGAGUCCUCAGAGAUCAAUGCUACCUCCUCGAGGAUCAGCGCAAGAGAGUGGGGGCUCAGAGAUUGGUAUUGCUCCUCCAUCAAAGAAUCCCACUCUCGUGGAACAGCAAAAGAAUAGCUCUCCCUCUCUCCCUCCUCCUUUACCAGCCAAGUCCAAGGGCUCCACAAUGUCUCAUUCAUUUAGUACAAGUAGCAUUGAGAGUGGAUCGAGUGGUCCUCCUCUUUCAAGAAUUCCUUCUCUCCCUCCUAAAGACAUUAAGGAUCUACCACCAUUGCCUUCUAAGCCAGAAUCCCCUGGCAUUGAUGAGGAGACUGGACAGAAAAAGAAGAUAAAGCUCCCACCAAGAAAUAUCCCCAGACCAGGGUUCAAUAAUAUGACAAUCCAACAACAAGAGUACACUACCAUUAUCUAAAUAAAGAUUGUUAUUAAGUUUGUAAUGCAUUUAAUUUUAUGUGUGUGUGUGUUUUAUGGAUUUUCUAUCAUUUUAUAUAAUUUAUUAUGGUGCUUGUUUUAUUAUUUUGCAACAAAGAAUGAUACUAUGAAAGAUUUAUACCAUAAUAUUACCAUGUGACCAAAAAAGUUUAUGUUUAUUAAAAU